CGUGGGGACAUCAAUUAAAGGUUCAAUGAUUCAUACCACAGAGGCAAAUUUUGAGUUGCUGACUCCAAACAUUACCUUCUUAAAAAAAGAUGGUACAGGAAUCUCCGUGUCCAGCUUCCUUGGCUUUCCUCCUGCUGUAUUUCAUCUCUACUACUCUCUCAACCCUCGUGCUUUCACAGAACGACACGUUGUACGAUGUCUGCUCCCCCUUCACCUGCGGUAACCUCAACUUCUCGUUCCCCUUCUACUCCUCUCUCUCCCCUCAGUGUGGUCUUCCGGGCUUUCAGAUCACCUGUGAAGAACCCGCUUCCAUUCCUAGCCUUUUGCUCUCUGACCGGCCCUAUCAAGUCAAAAAUCUCUUCAUGUCCAAAUCUGAUCGCCUCAUCACUGUGGUCGAUGCCCAACUCAUCAAAGGACUCACAACCAACUCGUGCCAAUCUCUCUACAACGUUUCCAUUCCUCAGACUAACCCCAUAGCCUCUCUCGGCCUUCCUCCGUUAUGGGGGAACGCCUACACCUUCUAUAAAUGUCCACUUGAGCUGCCUCUUUCCACGGAAUUCACCGCUAAGGCUGUUAAAAGCAUCAGCUGCCACGAGGGUUUUCAGCUUUAUCUAUGGAGAAAUGGAAGUGAGUUCGAUCCAACUUUGAUUAUUAAUCCUGGGUUGAGUACACCAAGUGAGUGUGAGGCCGUGCUAGCGUUUACUUCCAGCCCUAGUUAUAUCCUCCCCAACGGCAGUAAUGGAAGUAAUAGUCAUAAUAUGAGCAAACUCAUUGAAGAUUUAGACGAUGGGUUUCCAUUGCAGUGGCCACUACUUGACCAAUGUGAGUUUUGUCGUAACAGCAGUGGUGGACGGUGUGGAUACGACUGGAGUUUGAAGAAAUUGGUUUGUUAUGAAAAGAGCAGCAAAGUCAAGCCCGCUGGCUGGAAAAGGAAGUUGCUUAUUGCAGGUGUUGCAAUUGGAAGCUGUUUUCUAGUGCUGGGUGGAGUCUCACUAAUUUUUUUCAGAAAGAGAGUCUCAUCAUUCUUCAACUUCAGGAAAUCCCAUUCUGAAAUGAACCAACAAAAAGCUGAAGAUGGACUGAAUGUGAAGCAAUUCAUUAAAACUUAUCAAUCAUCGUUACUGACGAAUUACUCAUACCACGAUGUGAAGAAGAUGACUAAUGGAUUCGAAGAGAAACUUGGAGCUGGAGGCUAUGGCAAUGUCUACAAAGGAAAGUUCCCUGAUGGUCGUUUGGUUGCAGUCAAAAUGAUUGACAAAGCUAAUGACACAGGCCACAACUUCAUCAAUGAAGUUGCCACCAUUGGCAGGAUCCACCACUUCAAUAUCAUCAAGUUAUUAGGUUUUUGCUGUGACGGUUCCAAGAGAGCUCUUAUUUACGAGUACAUGCCCAAUGGGUCAUUGGGGGACUGGUUAUCUCGAGAAGCUAAUCUCUCAUUAGGCUUGGUAAAGCUCUUUGAAAUUGCCUUGGCAGUUGCUCAUGCAAUUGAGUAUCUGCACCAUGGUUGCGAAUUGCGGAUCCUGCAUCUUGAUAUAAAGCCUCAAAAUGUUCUUCUAGAUCAGAAUUUCAACCCCAAGAUUUCGGAUUUUGGAUUGGCCAAAGUUCAUUCACGAAACAAAAGUGUUGUAACAAUGACAGGUGCUCUAGGAACUAUUGGUUACAUUGCUCCUGAAAUUUUCCUGAGAAAUCUUGGAAAUCCAUCGCAUAAAUCUGAUGUUUACAGCUAUGGGAUGUUAAUGUUAGAGAUGGUUGGUGGAAGGAACCAUCUUGAGCGCACAAUGAAUACUUCCAGCUCCGAAGCAUACUUUCCUGACAGGAUUUAUAACAAUCUCAUUGAGGACCAGAGUAACCUGAAGCAUGAUAUAGAAAUUUCCCUGGUAGAAGAAGAAGAAGCAGCUUGUAUAGCUAGGAAAAUGGCUAUGGUGGGAUUGUGGUGCAUUCAGAUAAAUCCUAGAGAUCGUCCUUCGAUGACAAAGGUGCUGGAAAUGUUUUCAGGAAACAUAGAAACAAUUCCAGUGCCUCCAAAGCCUUUCUUCUUAUCUCCUCCUCCUGUAGAGAGAAAUCAUAUUGAAACGAUCACUUCCACUGAAAGUGAUGCCAGUGAGUUGCCUCUCACUUACAGUAAUAGUCAUGAAAUUUGCAAUUCAGAAACAUGAAAAUAUAAUCUCAUUAUUUAAGAUUUAACCGUGUUUUGUACUAUUUUAAUUAA